AUGUUUGCCCAAAUUAAAACAGGUUUGGAAAAUCUGGCACUGCCCCGGAGUGACUUUACAAUAUCUAAAAUCCUAUAUCUUGAUGUAGACUUCCAUACUCUACGGUUAACGAGAGGUUCACCCAUCCCUGCAUCCCUGCAUCAUGAUGAGAUUAAAAAAGAUCCACAAAGAAUAAGCAAGCUGAAGCAUCAUGUAGACCUUUAUAAUUGGGAUGGUAUAGAGUUCCCAACAAGUAUCAAAUCCAUAUACAAAUUUGAGGCGAAUAACCCCGACAUUGUGGUAAAUGUUCUGUAUAUAGAUGGAAAGAGAAUCAACAUCCUACGUCGAUCAGUACAUAACGGGCGUACCAAGGUGGUGACCCUAUUGCUGAUCACCAAUGAUAAAAAGACCCACUAUACGGCAGUCAAAAGCCUGUCCAGGCUCCUGGGUAAGGAGACUUCAAAGAAUAGGAACCCAAUGCACUUCUGCCUUUCAUGUCAACAGGGUUUUCCCACGGCUGAAUCGAGGGACAAGCACUAUAGGUACUGCAUCGAUCACGAGGCAGUCAAGAUCACAAUGCCAAAUGAGGCUAAAAAGUGGCUAUAUUAUAGGGAUGGCCAACAGCAAUUCAAGGUAUCCUUUGCCAUAUAUGCAGACUUCGAGAGUCUGCUAGUCCCGGUAGAAGAUGCAAGGGAUACCAAGACGGAAAGGCUAAGCAAGCAUGUACCAUGUGGCUGGUGCACCUAUAGUAUCUUUGCUUAUGGUGAUGUACUGGAUCCUUCAAAAGUCUAUAAGGGGGAGGACAGCGUCACCCGCUUCGUGAACCACCCAGAGAAUGAGGUAAAAAGACUAUAUUAUACCUACCCACAGCAACCCAUGACCAAACUAAUGGAGGUCCUAAAAAGGGAACAUGAUGAGGCCACGCACUGUCAUAUCUGCCUGAAACCCUUUGAUAACUAUGAGAAUAACCAGAAGUACAUCUCUUUUAAUGUCAAAAAUAAGGUACCCCUUGGAGGUAUGGCAUAUGGUGACGGGGAAAGGUACAAGACCAUAGAGAUACGGUUUAUCGAUAGUUGCCGAUUCAUGGCAUCAUCACCGAAAAAAUUGGCAAGCAACCUCAGCGAUGACCAGUGUAAAAAUCUUCGUUGGUUUUUUACCAAGGAUGACUUGUUUAAGCUCAUGCGCAGAAAGGGCGUGUACCCCUAUGAAUACAUGGAUGGAUGGCAGCGAUUUGAGGAGACAGAGUUACCUCUCAAGGAGGCCUUCUACAGCAAGCUUAAUAUGGAUGGGAUAAGCGAUGAGGAUUAUCAAUACGCUAAAAUGGUAUGGAAUUGUAUUACCCCAGGGAGUGAUGAUGUUACCAUGGGAGACUACCAGGAUGUGUACCUGACAACAGACGUCCUGCUAUUAGCUGCUAUUCUACUCUGCACCCGGGUUGGCCUGGAAGGCAGCCCUGAAAUUUACGGGUAUAACGCUAGAGCUUCUCACCGAUCCCGACAUGUUCCUGAUGUUCGAAAAAGGUAUCCGAGGAGGUAUAACUCAGGCCGUACACUGGUAUGCCAAAGCCAAUAA